AGAAGCAGUGAGGCAGAACUCCAUCUUGGGGCAGGAAUGCGGCAGAUACUGGCAAGGAGGGGAGCAAUGGAGGGAAGAGAUGGUAUGCUGCUGUGAAGAGUUGAGAGCAUAUUGAAAAUAGAGGGACUCCUGAAGCAGUCCUUCUUUAAAAAAAGUAGCUGUCUUGGCCAUUUGCACUUUUUCCUGAAUCUGUUUCUUACUGGAUCCAGUACACUUGUUCACUAGGACUGAAAGAACUAUGCGACACAUACAUGUUGAGAUUGCACACAAAGAGGCGCAGUCAGACCAUCCAGCCCAAGAGGGGGACCUGCCCCCUUCCCAUGGCAUGGUGGUGGGAUUAAACUCAGUGGCAAGACAGGAGCUACGCAGACCCUUUGGGGAGGACAAAAUCAAGCUGCAGAAGGUCUAUCAGCUGUCCGUCUUCUCCCAGAUGGGUGGAUUCAGUGACCUCCCCAAGGGAGGACGAUUGCAGAGAAAUGAACUGAAGAGGGGCCUUCAGGAGCAGGCUCAGAGCCACAAACGCCCCCACUUGGAGCAGGGCUCCUGUUCUAAACCCAUACAGGAGUAUGCACCUCAGGCAGAGGUCCUGGAUGGUGAGAUGCUGUGCGGUUCUGGUCAGCAUUUCUGUCAUACUGGAACACACGUAGUCAAGCACACAGAUGACAUCCCUGUCCCAUACUCUUCUUCACCUGUCCCUGUCAAGUGUUACUCACAGGACAAUCAAAACGGACUAGUCCCUACAGCACAGAGUCCACCCUCCCCAAAACCUGAGUUCCUGGCAGACCUCAAAGCAGUGAAUCGUUCCCAGCACAAGGACCCAGCUCCCUUAGCCUUCUUGCUAAAGACCACACCCCCCUUAGCAAUCGCCAUGCCAGACUGUACCCUAGGAGACCUUAGUACUGAGGACUGUAGCAAUGGAGCGUCGUCUUGGCAGCUUUCCUGCAGCCCGAAGCCCAAAGAUGAGGCACUCGGAGAUCCCAAUCACCCAACCACUUGCAGGGACUGUCCUCUGGAGGGCAUUUCUUCCAAUGUCCUGAGAACAGCAGAUGCUAGGGAUGGUCAGCUUAGUCUUGAGUCGGCUCCUCAAAAAUACAGCAAUUUCCCAAAAACCUACAGCACCUCCAGUACUUCGCUACCAGGGUCAUCAUCCCCCAUCUCCAGCACUAAUACUUGCUCUGCCAAGAAGAAGCUUCUGUCUUCCAGCGACACAGGAGAGUCCUGCUCCGAAGAUGAGGGUCCAUCUACCUCCAAAAGGAGCCGUCUGGCCUUGCAAGCCCCAGGGCUAUGCCUCGGCGCCUUCCGCAGUACCGAUGCCAAAGCUGCCCCCUUCUGGAACCACCUGCUGCCCUGCGCUCGGGAGCGGCCCAGGAGUCCCAAUAAUUGCAGCAGAGCAGGAAGGAGGCUUAAAAAUGGAAUUAGGUUGAAAUCACGUCAGCUGCGUAGUGGACAAUGCAGGGAGCCUUGCAGCUCCACUCGACCAGGCUGGCCCUCCGUCUCCAUCAGUCGCUCUCUCCUGGGCAAUUUUGAGGAGUCUAUACUGAAGGGCCGCUUCUCCCCGUCGGGUCGGAUCGAGGGCUUCACCGCAGAGAUAGGAGCCAGCGGGUCCUACUGUCCGCAGCAUGCCACCCUGCCUGUCGAGGUCACCUACUAUGACAUCGCCGAGCACAAUGCCCCCUCGCCUUUUCUGGGUGUGAUCUACUUGGAACCUCUAGGAAAGAAGGGAUAUAGUGUACCCAAAGCAGGAACCAUCCAAGUGACCUUAUUUAACCCCAACAAGACUGUGGUGAAGAUGUUCCUGGUAACGUAUAACUUCGGGGACAUGCCUGUCAAUCACAUGACCUUCCUGCGCCACCGAAUUUUCCUGGUGCCUGUUGAGGAGGAGGAGGAGGAGGAGAAGGAGAAGGGCCAAGGAACGGGCCCACAAAUGAACGCCUUGGACAGAAAGAAAAUUCUCUGCUACUUGAUACACCUCAGAUUCCAGAGCUCCAAAUCUGGAAAGAUCUAUUUGCACAAUGAUAUCCGGCUGCUAUUUUCCCGCAAAUCCAUUGAGAUGGACACAGGGAUCCCUUAUGAGCUGAAGUCCUUCACCGAGGUGCCAAAAAACCCCCAGUACUCCCCCCGCGUCUGACCACCUUGUCCUUUUGGUUGAGUGGCAGAUAUGGACAGGCUAUACAGUGGCAAGUAAAUAACAAAAAAAAAAAAAAAAAAA